AUGGUGCAUGCACAGUCUUUCCUGCUGUGGCUGCUUCCGCUAGUGAUGCCUGUCCACACCCAUGCCUGGUCACGGCCCCUGUGGUACCAGGUGGGGCUGGACUUACAGCCCUGGGGGUGCCAGCCAAAUAGCCUGGAAGGUUGUGAGGGCAGCCUGGGCUGUCCCGGCUAUUGGAUGGGCCUGGGGGUGAACCGCAUCUACCCUGUGGCAGGGGUCACGGUCACCACUGCCAUGAUGCUGAUGCUCAGCCGUGUGGUGAUGCAGUGGCGGCGCUCACAGGCUACUAAGAGUGAGCACCCACAGGUGACUGCUGACCCCUGUGUGCCCUGGAAACGACGGGGCCCUGUCUCAGACCGCGCCCUGCUCCUUGGGGUCUUGCAUAUGCUGGAUGCCCUCCUGGUCCACAUCGAGGGCCACCUGCAGCGUCUAGCCACCAAGCAGCGAACCCAAAUAAAGGGGACUCCUGCCUAG